UAACUAUGGGUUAAUGUUUAUUCAAAAAUGAAGCUCACAUAUGAUCGAGGACUAUUUUACCGUUUAUUCCACGCGCAAUAAUUUAUCUGACGGCUAAAGGACGUGCGGUCGUUUCCAUAGCAGCAGAUAAACUAAACCGAACCCAUUCCUAUGGAUGGUUUAUCUGUGACUAAACACAUCAAGGGUCUUUUCAGUAACGUUAAUUUUCGACGGAUAGGAGUUCCUGCAUCUAUUUGUUUGUUUAUUUUCAGUUUUGUGGAUUAGUCAAAUGGAUAACCACAGACGAAAGGUCCAAACUAGCACAACCAUUGGACAUGAUAUGUAUUUGCAGCCUUCUCCUUUUUAUUUAAAAACAUGCAAGAAUGCCCCUCUUCCUCCAGUCCUCCAGCGUCAGAACAGAUUGCCGUCCUCUGUUCACUUCUCUCUCACCUCACACACUGAGCAUGACCGAAAGCCACUAAAUGGACCUCUUUACAAUGAAAUCCACUCUAAAGCCCCUCCGCACUGGACCACACACUUCCUCAAUGACCUGGCCCAGAGGCUCAGAGACCAUCCAACGGUGCGAGUGGUCUCUAACCCCAUCAGUGAAAUGCGGGACCAGUACAGAGGUCAAUUAGCUGCAUGUACACCUCUUGGUGAACAAUAUAGCAAGAUACAGGCACUCUACCGACAGCUGGAAACAGCUCCGGCGUUCAUGCAAGAACCAGCCCGUAGCACAACCAAGGCAGACUUCAAGCACUUUCACAGGUCAGAUUUGUCUCCUCGCUCCGUCCUGGAUGCAACUGCCUUUAAUGGGAAACUUACCAAGAGCGGGGCUCACAGCCGACUCCCUGCUCACAAAGCUCCAUCCACUUUAUCAUGUCAACCCCGGCUGCCUCGCCCACCUCUCCCUUUGCCCCACAGGGGCAAAAGCAGUCUGUAUAUGGACAGUUUUAUGGUACCUAUGCCUCCCUUAACAUCACAAGCUGCUGAUAUUGCACAAAGCGGGGUGAAAUGGGAAGAAGAUGGUGGUAGAGGCCUGUUACUGGACAUUUUAGGUGUUCCUAAAAUGUAUAGUACUGAGAAUCAGACAUAUGGAAGAAAUAGGAUGUCAGUGGUAUAAGAAAAUUUUGCUGUAAUUGAUCUGAACUUAAACACUGAACUUAAAUGGUUUCAUCAAUAUUGGUUAAUUUCCGUUCUUUUCUUGCAUCCCUCAGAGGGUCUGUAAUAAAUGGAGAACAAAACAUGUUAGAAGUGAUUGGUGGAAACAUUAUUGAUUUAUUGAUCUGGAGUGUGUGCGGUUUGUGGCUAUGUAUUCUUUAUCCUUAAAGGGAUUUUUCACUCAAAAAUGAACAUUCAAGAUUACAGGAAGUAUGUUAAAAAAGAAUCCUCGAGAAAAAAGACAAAAGACCAUGAGGAGGCAGGCAUUUCACUGAGGGACAAUCUAAACAACCCAAGAGGGUUGCACUGUAACACUAUAUCAUAAAGAGAGCCGAAAACAUGACAGAGAGGGUGCUGGGAAAAAAAUACAGAGAAUUUGGAAGAAUAUUGCAGUUUAGUCCAAAUUUUGUCCCACCCAGUUUCCUCCACCUACCUGAACUUGCGACAUCUCUCUCCUCCCCCAGCUCUGCCUCCUGCAAUGUGAAAGAGAGAGAGAAACUGAUUUAAGGCCAAGGAGAGAGAGAGAGAGAGAGAGAGAGAGAGAGAGAGAGAGAGAGAGAGAGAGCGAGAGAGAGAGAGACUGAUUUAAUAAAGUUAAGGAACAGGACCAGGGAAAGAUUAUGUGAAGGAGGCUAGAUUUAUCUUUUAGAGAACUAUUAAAAUCAGAUAAAUUGGCUAAGGGACAGUUAUGGUCAUUAAUAAAAUAUCAGAAAGAAUAAACGUUAUUAACCAUGUCUAGACACAUUUGACCUCUUAUUGUGCUCAGAUACUAUAUUUUAAUUCGAAUAUUAUAUAAUCCUACCUUUUUGUAUGCAAUAAAGCUCAAUUUCAGAAGUUUCCAAAAGUUGGUGUGUCCCUUCAGGAUAUGUUUUUUCCCAAUAUCUACCUCCUUUUGCCCAGUUUACAUUAUUUGAUUUUCUUGGAUGUUGAAUCAGUUUAAGCAGAAUUCUGAGACCUGGUCUGGUGCUUGUCCUAAGUGGUUUAGCUUUGUUGUCUCUUUUACACAGCGACACAAUCUGUGUGGAAUUCCCAUGAGAAGGAGACUCAAAUCUGUAUAGAGUGACUGGAGAUCAGGGCUACAGAUUUACACUCGAAAUUUACGAGCAGGAAAACACACUGACCAAGGUAAAAUACACUCAUACUGGCCAGUAGUGGAAGUAAUCUGGAUGUCAUUUAUACUUUCUUAUACUGUAUUCUAUACAUUUUAUGUAGAAUUUCAAA